AUGCGGCGAUUUGGCUUCGAUCUCUACAGUGCUUCUAUGAACCUGAUCCAGGCAUCUCCCCUUAUUGCGUUGGUUACGUUUGGGAUCCCACUGGCCUGUCUCUCCUGCUUGGUCUAUUGUAUCUGCUGUAGCCAUUUAGACGCCCUAGAUGAUGCUGAAGGUGACUUGGCUGCGGUCGGAGAGGCCAGACGAGCCCGUCUGCUCGAUCGCGAAUUCGUGGAAGCUCAACUCACCUCCGCGACCUAUGAAGACACCAUCAGAGCCAGAUCCAUCUACAGCAGAUUUGCUGGUGUGUUCCAAGAACAUAGAUUUGUGAUAAACCGUAGAGGUGACAGAAAGAACUCGCCUUUCACCAUCCGACCCAUCGGAAUCGAAGCCGAGUGCUGUGGAAUCACGAAAAGAUCGGUGAAAUCAAACCAACUGCAUCCCCCCUCCCAUACCCGCAUUCCCUGUUACUUUGAUCAGUCAGUGGCUGAAAUUGGAAUUCCUGAUUGCUUUCAAAUUGUCUCUUGGAUUCCUGCAUAA